UGUGUUAUGCGCAACAGACGCGCGUCGAUUGUUUAGCUGCGUGUAAAUUUAGUCUCUAAUACCGUUAGCGGAAUUGUAUGUUUGUACGUUGGAAAGUGCGUCAAGCUAAUUAUGUCAAAGCAUCACAAUGACAGCGGCAGCGACAAGGAUAAAAAGGAUGCUUGCCUACUACUGCCACGUGCGCCAUUGCAAAAAAUUUUCAUUGACGAUUUGGUGACAACGCAUGCAACAGCAAAGCGCCGCUUGUGGCAUGUGCCCUGGUUUCUUUUGCUAAUGUCCUUUAUGCAGAUCUCGCUACACGCGAUUAGCAAUAGUUGCAUGCUGCGUCGCCUCAUCUACAGGCCUGAGCUGUGGCACGAGUAUUGGCGCCUCUUCACUUACAUGCUGCUGCAUGCGGACGCCUGGCACUUGUGGAUCAAUAUAUGUUUGCAGUGCUUCAUUGGCAUCUUGCUGGAACUGGAGCAGGGUCAUUGUCGUGUCGCUGCGGUCUACAUAUUGGGCGGCUUGGCGGGCUCUGUGUCGAAUGCUUGGCUGCAACCGGGCUUGUCAUUGCUGGGCGCCUCGGCGGGCAUUUAUGCGCUGCUUUGUAGUCAUGUGCCGCACCUGGUUUUGAAUUUUACACAGUUGUCGCAUCGGCUUUGGCGCAUAGCAGCGUUGUUGAUCUUGCUACUGAGCAAUGCUUGCUUUACUAUAUUCCAUUAUAGUGUUCAUCACAAUCGCAAUCCGCGCAUCAGCUUGGAGGCACAUAUGGGCGGAGGCGUGGCUGGUCUACUCACCGGCUUUCUCGUUUAUCGGAAGCUGCAGCACCGUCCAACGAAUUACCUCUCAAAUUUAUAAACCACCUGAACGCACCGAAAAUUUUAAACUAUCGGAUCGGUGUUUCAAAUCUUAACUAAGCUGAUUCUUUUAAAAUUGGGCGAAAAUCUUCAUAGAUUAUAAGAAUAUCUACUUACUAAAGUGAAUAAGUCAAUCGAUCCAUAUUUUCAGCACAUACAAACAGAAAGAAAGACGAACACGGCUGAUUAAUACUUAUAUAUGUAUAUAGGACAGACAUUUGAACAACUUUAAGAUAUUUUUAUCCAUUUUUAAUUAAAAGGCAUAAAAAACCUAAAUCCUUCUCGCAGCGGAUAAGACAAAUACUAUUAGAAUUUUUAUCGGAUUUGUAAACAUAGGCAGAUUUAAUAUAUAAGC